AAGAUCAUGCGGUCCUGAUUAACUACAUGUACUUGUGAUAUCUGUAUGCGGAAUGCCAUUUACCACUCAAGAAACUUCUAGAUAACACUUCAAGUAGCCAACAAAGUAAAAAUGCUUUCUCGUUUGCUAAAGGAGCACCAAGCAAAGCAAAAUGAGCGAAAGGAACUUCAAGAAAGACGCAGACGUGAAGCAAUUACUGCCGCCACCUGCUUAACAGAAGCCCUGGUCGACCACCUCAAUGUGGGGGUGGCCCAGGCGUACGUGAACCAGCGGAAGCUGGACCAUGAGGUGAAGACGUUACAGGUGCAGGCCAGCCAGUUUUCCAAACAGACCGCUCAGUGGAUCAGUAUGGUGGAAGGAUUCAAUCAAGCCCUGAAGGAAAUUGGUGACGUGGAGAAUUGGGCUCGAAGUAUCGAGAUGGACAUGAGGACCAUUGCAACAGCACUGGAGUAUGUACACAAAGGACCUCUGACUUCAGCCUCAUAGUAGACAGAGUUGAACUGCUACUAGCUUUAGUAUCUAAUCACUCACUGUGAAGAAGUGAUCGCCAUGGAUACCAGGAGGCUGGUCCCAAACAUUCUGAUAAGCCAUCUAAAAGGAUUAAGUCUUCAGAGGUGACCAAGGCUUUAAGGCUUGUGUUCAUGAGUGACAUUAGUAGAUUUAACUCUGAGCAUCUAAUGCCUAUCUGCAAUGUUGUCAUGUUAACACAACUGGAAUUGUCAAGGUCUGUACCAAAUAUAUUAACUGAGUUUUCCAAACAUCUAACUUAUUUUCUGAUGGUGUAAAAAAUGGGCAACAACCUCAGAUAUGGUCAGUGUGAAUUUAGCAACAUUUUCAAAUGAUAAUGAUUAGCUGUUUACACAAAUGUUGGAGAACGAAUUAUACCUAAAUAUAAUUAAAGGCUAGUGCUUAUUGAAUAUGAUUUUAUCUUUUUGUCCAACAAGCAGCAGUUCAUAUUGGGAUUCUAAUCUCUCAAGUUAUUCAGCUCUAUUCCUAUAAUGAUGAACAGGACAUUGAACUGUGGAUUAGCCAUCUAGCUUGGCAUGGAACAAAAGAGGCCUGUUUGUUUAAUGGUGCAAUGUUUUAGUUGGUGCUGUGUUUUCAUUGGUAAAUGGAUAUUGGCUUGUGGUUAUUUGUAACAUUCUUAUGACAUUCUUAAUGGGACUUGCUGUUGCUCCAUUCUGAAUCCUUUUCAUUCAUCAGAUUUAUUUGGAUCAGUUGGAUUUUUUAGAUUUUUGUUUAACUGGAAAGGAUUUUCAAAGAUUCUUAGGAGUCAGGGCCAGGUUGCGGCGGUACAACAAUUGAAUCUCAUAUUUCCCCCUAUUAUUUAAUUCAUUGUAUUUCUUCCAAAUUCUAAUGAUCCAUUUCUUAAUAUCCUAUGUGAAACUACUAGCAUUUUCAUAGAAAAAAAUACAGAUUUCUCCUUUAUUCUGCCAAGUAAGCUUAUUCAGAACCAUUUUUCAUUCACAAUGAAGACAUGACCAAAAGCAUUGUAAUUGCAAGACAUAACUUAGUAACACAAUAAUUACAAUGUGCAAAGGAAUAGUCAAAAUACACCAUAGAAAGUGAUAUAAUAGAUGUGGUUAGGAUGUGUCCAUAAAUAUUGUCCUAAACCAAAUUUUUCCCAAUAAAUGCUUUUUCAUUUUGCCGAAGCAUGUAGUUUAUUAGGCUACAGAUGGAAGAUGAUCUUCACAAGAUGGUCAAAGUAGACUGUCAUUGUUCAUGCUGCUUACCAGUAAACUGUAUGUCGGGGCUCUUUGGUGAUAUGAUUGAGAAAUGGCUGCAGUUAAAUGUUUUUGCUCUUAUUUGUAAAAUGUGAUGUGAACUGAUUUUCUGCUUUUAUGACAAAAUGAUUGGUAAACAAUGCAAAUGUGAUGGAAGCCUAUUAACACAGUAUAGCCAGCUUUGCUAGAGGAAAGUAAGAUCAGGCCAAUGCAGUGUUUUUAUAUGUUAAAUUAGGUAGCUACCUAAUUUUAGGCAGUAAGCUUGGGUGCUUGACUGUCAAUUUAAGAUCAGAACACUCAGAUCAACCCUUUUCCUGUGCAUUUUCCUUAAGUACAUUCCAAUUGUGCCACACAGCAAAAUCAACGGACUAAUGUUCUCUGUAAAUGUUGUACAGUUCAAACUCAGUCUUCAGUAUACUGUUUUCAGUGAAUUUUAAUCCAACUGUACUGAUAUUAAAAUCUUUCCAAUGUGUUAAAAAUUCUCUGAUGGGGUGUUCAUUUCACUAAUGUUCAUACUGUAGUAUAUUGUUUGUGGUGUUUUUUUUUCUUUACACUUUUUUUUUUUUUCCACUUACACGUGGUGUAAAACUUGGAUAAAGCUGGAGCAAUGUAUAUUGUAGUGGUAUGAGUGGUUACAUACGAAGUCUCCGUCUGUCAUCUCAAAUUCUACAAUUUCCAGACACAGCUCUUCUUGGUGUAAAGGCUAAUUUAAUUUUUUAAUUAUUCUUUACUUCCUUUUGCUGUGGGUUGUAGUUACCAGAAAUAUUUCCCCUUUUAUUAAAUUCCUGUUUAUUUCA